GGAGAAGGGAGCACACUCUUCACGAAAGAGAGUAUUCGAAUGGUUCUUACAAGGUGUCGUAUACGAGACAUAACAGCUCCCACUGCGAUGGUCCAAUUCAACUUAGAGAGAUACCACGGAGGUCCGCACAAUUGGGUUGGUGGGCAGAUGUCUGGUUUAAAUACAGCAGCUCAUGACCCCGUAUUUUUUCUACACCAUGCUUUCGUAGAUUAUAUUUGGGAACUAUUUCGUAUUCGGCAAGCGAGAUUUUGUGGAGUGAACCCGUCGACUGACUAUCCUCCUACAAUGGGACUUCAUGCAGCAGAGCGUCCGAUGGAUGGUUUUCCACAAUAUAGAAAUGUUGACGGAUACCGCAGCUACUGGACACAGUUCUGGUACAGAUACGAGCGUUCGCCAACCUGUUCAAUGUGGCAGCCAUUUUGCGGAAGUCCAUACUUACGAUGUGACAUGGCACGUCAACGGUGUGUCUCUAUGGCCAGGAUGGGACCUUUUCUCCUUCCCUUUGAGCUGCGGGUUUUGGGAGUUUCUUUUGCGGCUAAAUUGGGCCUAGCUCCCAGCAUCAGCAAUGGAAAGAAACGGUGCACAGGCAGCUAUUUGGUUUUUAAACGGGACCAAUUUUUUGUGGCGCCCCCUUUCCGACCCUUUAGAACACAAAAAUUAGACUUAGUAUGGGACUGA